CACACACACACACACACAAAGGAAGGAGCCAAUCCACAUCAGGAAAUGAGUUUGCCUGCGGGGUGUGGAGUCCCAGGGAGAAUUAUUUUCAUUUUCACUUCAACUUUCACACCCAAAAGCUCUCGAAUCUCUCUGGCUGGGGGGAGGAAAAAAAAAAAAGAACCUUUUCCCCCCAGGAAACCCACCCGAAGGAACAAAUCCAGAGGAAUUUCUUUUUUAAAAAAAAAAUCAAACUGUUUGGGAUGCCGUGCAGUCAAUCGAAAAUGUUGCAAGUUUACUUGGUCCGGAUCCAAAGCAAACUUCAGAAAGACUCGAUCCUGUAAUCUGUUGGAAAAUGUCCCUGGUGCUUCACGUUGCCUUGGUGAUCCACUUGCUGCUCCUUCCGGACGCCUUUUCCUGUGAAUCGUGGGAAUACUCCAUCAAAGGGGAGUGCUGUCCCAAGUGUAGCGAAGGACAGCGCGUUUUAAGGCAUUGCACCAGGGCUACCAAUACUGUCUGUGUUUCUUGUGACCCCGGAUGGUUUACGGAGCACCCAAAUGGAUUGAGAAUGUGUUUGAAGUGCCGAGAAUGUUCUCCAGGAAAUCACAUGGAAGUCAAAGAGCGAUGCCACUACACGAAGGACGCGAAAUGCACUUGCCAGCCGGGUUUUUUCUGUGCCCACCAACUGGAGGUGGAUUCCUGCGACGUUUGCAGGAGGCAUGCAACCUCUCCUCCUGGUUUUAGGGUCACGCAAGCUGGCACUGAAAUUAACAAUGUGAAAUAUGAACCCUGUCCUCUGGGAACAUUUUCGUUGAAAGAAAUGUCCCCUUCUUGCAUCGAAUGGACCAAUUGCAGUGAGAAAGGCUUGAUCCAAACACAAGAAGGCAGUGCAACCUCUGAUGUGGUUUGUGGGCCACAACCACCAACGAAGCUUGCGCUCAUCUUAGUUCCCGUCUCCAUUCUGCUGCUGAUCUUCACCAUAAGCCUCAUAGUUUGGAAAAAGAAAAAAUGCCUGAUGAAAGCCAUCGGCAAAAAUAAGGCAGAAGAGGAGCCGUAUUAUCCGGGGCCAGAGAAGGAAUGCAUGGUAAAACCCAUACAGGAAACUAACCCGAAUAUUGGACAGCCGAGUUACGCAAAUUGAUGAGAGGCGACAAGGUUUGCAACACUACCCACUUGUGUGUUUAUGGUGGGGGAAAAAAAAGGUCUCCAAAGACACGGACUUUAGUGGAUCCCAUUGGGAUCUGUUGGAAAGGAUCCUUUUUUCCAGUGGGCCAAGAUGAAACACGUGUGGAUCUAAAGACGGGAUCUUUUCUCUUCCCAAGGAAGGGAAAUACUGAAGAAGAACACUACGAAAAAAAAAAUAAUAAUAACCCCCACACACAACAAGUUCCACAAUUUUUCUGGGUCUCUGGCCAAUGUCGGGAGUUCUCACAGCAUCCGUGAAAAAGGAUUUAUCAAACUAGAAGGCCUCCGUUAAAUAAAUCUGGCUUCCCUGUGAGCUUUAAUUGCCAGUAGACCGCAAAGAUGCUAAGCAUCUGAUUUUCAAUCAUGUGACCAUUAUAAAUACGAGUCCAUUGCCAAGCGGACUCCAUUUGAAAUGCUGCAACGGUUGUAAAAAUGUGAAAAGGGGAUCAAAGAUCCCUCUUUUUUUUUUCAGUGCCUUUGUAACUUCAGUCACUAAACAAACCAUCACAAAUCCAGGACUCACUGUACAGACACAUUUUCUUGUGGGUUUGGAAGAGAAAACACAUUGAAGGGCUUUUGAAAUCAUCUGAACACAAUCGAUCCUCUCCCAAGUUCCAUGCAAAGGACUUAGUGGGUUGUAGGGUUGGCUGCCUCCAAAUGUGCCUUAGUCAAAGAAAAUGACCCCCCAAAAGAGGAGUAUUUUUGGAUCCUUAUUGGGCCAGGCCUUGUUUCUUCUGAAUCAGGUGAGGUUGUGUAGCGUGACACAAAUCCGUUUGCAAAUCUAAGAGACCCAUAAUACAGGAUAGAAAUUGCCUGCGUGAAUCUGUCCUUUGGAUGGCAUUUUGUUUUGUCGUUCUCUACUCCUGCUUCUGUGUCCCUCCAAAGAAGAGAGGCCAGUGUGUGGGAUUCAGACGGUUCGCACUGGUUCAGGAGAACCGGUUGUUAACUUUCUGAGCAGUUUGAUGAAUUAGUUGUUAGGAAGAAAUCCUUAGGGCAGAGAACCGGUUGUUAAAUUAUUUGGAUCCCACCACUGUGGACAACAGUUUUCGACUUAUGAACAGUCCUUUUAAUGGCAAAAGUCUGCCUUGUGUCAGGGGGAGCGGGAAGGACCUAUGGAAGGGACAGAUAGAUCCAUCUGUGGACGUAUUACGCGAGGGACUGUCAUGACGCAAGAAUGACAGGUCUUCGUCACAGGUCUGCAGGCAGAAGUUUGGACGGUCAUCGGUCAGAAAUAUUCUCCGGUGGCAUUGCUACGAGCCAGUGGGGGAUGGGCGUGGGCAAGAUGUAGGACCUUUGUGUGAGUGGGUGUGGGUGUGUAUCCAGCUGGCAUUUACACUGUUUGCUCUAAGAUGAGUGUACAGCACAAUCCUAAAACCAGUCGCAAUAUGUUUAAACAAAAGGACCAGCUAUCAAAAAUCUGCAAUAGUUCUCCAAAAUUGCAAGGUGAAUACUUCAGGCGAUGAUGGAUUUAAAACACUAUGUGGUGUUUCGCAAACCGUGGUCGCUUGAGGUUAUGCAGACUUCAACUCCCAGAGCUGGCUGGGGAAUUCUGGGAAUUGAAGUCCACAUAUUUUUCAAGUGGCCAAGGUUGAGAAACAUUGCACGAGAAGAUCUAUUGCUGGUUUAAAAACAGCCCCUCCGGGCACAUAUUUU